UAUCCGGCGCCUGCCUCUCACUCAGGCUCGGGACGCGUUUCUCCUCGGCUUGUUUCCGGUGUGCGUCUUGCAUAGCGGGAAGACGUCUCCGAGACAGAAAUGUCCAGCGGGUUCAGUUUUGGGGCGGGGGGCGCCUCCACCACCACCACUACCCUCAAUCCGGCAACUGGCACGGCGGCGCCAUUCUCCUUCGGAGGAACCCCAGCUGCGAGUAACACUGGUGCGUCGUUUGGUUUCGGUGCCUCGGCAACUCCUACAACAAGCGCACAGUCUACAACAGGUUUAUCUGGAACUCUCUUUGGAGCAAAACCUGCCACAGGGUUCACAUUAGGAAUGACGAAUACAGCGCCAGCAACAACCUCCACAACGACCCCAGGCUUCAGCUUGAAUUUUGGCAAACCUGCAGGAUCUGCUACACCUUUCUGUUUGCCGGCUGCAACUACCUCAACCGCUGGGUUUUCCCUCUCCUCUACCCCAGCAACAGGAACUGGUUUUACAUUGAAUUUGGGUACGUCCGCACCUGCUGCUGCUACUACUUCUGUGUCCACUACUGGUCUGUCACUUGGUACCCUGUCCAGCCUGACUGCAUUGCCAUUUCAGAGUACAGGUGCAGUAUCUUCAGGUCUGGGACAGAAUCCUUUAGGCUUGGCUGCUCCUGCCGCACAGACUACUGCCAAUGAAGGACUCGGUGGAAUCGACUUCAGCAGUUCUUCAGACAAAAAAAGUGACAGAACUGGAACCAGACCAGAGGACAAUAAAGCUCUGAAGGAUGAAAAUCUACCUCCGUUAAUCUGUCAAGAUGUGGAAAUUUUUCAGAAGUUUGUGAAGGAGCAGAAGCAAGUGCAGGAGGAGAUCAGCAGAAUGUCCUCUAAAGCCAUGAUGAAAGUACAGGAAGACAUCAAAGCUUUGAAACAGCUUUUGUCUGUGGCAUCCAGUGGCCUUCAGAGAAAUACUCUGGCUAUUGAUAAGCUGAAAAUUGAAACUGCUCAGGAACUCAAAAAUGCAGAAAUUUCUUUGCGAACACAGAAAACACCUCCCGGCCUUCAGCAUGAAAAUACGGCCCCUGCUGACUACUUCCGGUCAUUAGUUGAGCAGUUUGAAGUCCAGCUCCAGCAGUACAGACAGCAGAUCGAGGAGCUGGAAAACCACCUAGCGACACAAGCCAACAGCUCGCACUUAACGCCGCAAGAUCUCUCCAUGGCAAUGCAGAAACUCUACCAGACAUUUGUAGCCUUAGCAGCACAGUUACAAGUCGUUCAUGAAAAUGUUAAGAUGCUCAAAGAACAGUACCUUGGUUACCGAAAAGCCUUCUUGGGCGACCCCACCGAUGUCUUUGAAGCUAGGAGGGCCGAAGUGAAGAAAUGGCAGAGCGCUCCCCGCGUUACCACUGGACCGACGCCUUUCGGCAACAUCCCAAAUGCGGCCGCCGUCGCAAUGGCUGCCACCCUGACCCAGCAGCAGCAGCCUGCUACAGGGCCUCGGCCUUCUCUGGGAGUGGGUUUUGGAGCACCAUUCGGCUCUGCUAUGAGUACUGCUCUGCAGCCGGCUGGCUUGGGCUCUUCAAAUCUUGGAGGAUUUGGAAGUAGUUCUGCUUUUGGAGGUAACACCUCCGGGGCCUCCACCUUUGGCUUUGGAGCAGCAAAUAAACCAUCUGGAAGCCUCAGCGCAGGAUUUGGCAGUUCAUCUACAUCUGGAUUUAACUUCAGCAAUCCUGGGAUCAAUGCAUCAGCCGGCUUAACCUUCGGAGUCUCUAACGCCUCAUCGGCAGGUUUUGGGACUGGAUCACAGCUGCUACAGCUUAAGAAGCCCCCAGCUGGAAACAAGCGAGGGAAACGAUAGACAUUUUAGGCAAUCUCGUGUAGUUAGUGCGUUGAAAAGAUCUAUUUUUCUAAACAAGUGCUGUAAUUGUUCCCCAAGAGGUUUAUAAAAGUUUUUGAAAUGUGUUUUUUUUUUUUUUUUUUUCCUCUUCGAUUUAUUUUCACGUCCGGAAGUCAUUCAUAUAUCUGUAGUGUCUACCCUGCAAACGUAUCAUGAAAGCUGUUCCCACGAGUUAAUAAAUUCAAUACACACCGCUUGUCUUCACGAAGGCUUUCGCCUCAAUGGUUUCCUAUAGCUAGGAGUCGACCUUAAAUGGUAAAGUGUUCCCAAAAAUGUGCAAUGUAUAGUGUGUUUUGGCCUUUUAUUACAGCGGUAGCAGUGUUGCCAUAUUGCGCUUACACCCUAAAUUAAUUGUACAUGUUUAUGACCACUGUUUUGCCACGGAAGGUAUUUAAAAGCAAAGUAACCCCUCCAGGCAGACUGCUGUACUGCAGCACCCAGUCCGUUUGCAUAGCUUUCUAAUGCUAUUUCAGCCAUAGGUGCGGGAGUUUUUUAUAUAUAUAUUUUUUUCCUUUCAAAGCGGUUGUGAAGCCCGUAAUAUUGUUGAUUUCUUCUAUGAUCAGCGGGGACCCCAGCACCUCCGCAAAUCAGCUGUUUGGUGGCGUUCCUGCAAGCACGGUUUCCUCUUCAAGAUCGCGCUGCCUGUCGCCUCGUUUGCAGCUGUGGUGCAGUGUAAUUACAAGCUCUCGUUCCAUUCAAGUAAUUACACUGCGCCUCCAAGACGACGCGCAGUGUAAUGGUGACGAGGAAAUAGCACUUGCACGAGUGCCACCUCCUCUCCAAACAGCUGAUCGCAUUAAACCAGAUACGGAGGUGAAAUCCAUGAUGUGGUCUCUGUGCUGGUUGUAGGUCCAUCCAGAUAGAGCACUAGUAAGGCCUCAUGCACACGACCGUUUCUAUUAUGAGCGGCCCGUUCCGCCAUUUGCAUGCGUGCAUGAGGCCUAAUUCUAAAAACGAUGCAGUGGAGUUUCUGUUCACAUAAGAUAUGUGGAUGCGAUUCUCCUCUCCACCUUGUCUUUGGCCUUACUGUCAUUAGGAAGGAUGCACACGCAUUGUAUAGCUGCCUUUUUUUUUCCCUUUGCACACGUAUGCAUACAUUGUGUAGACGAUAAGCCGCAUACAUCAGUGCCGUUUUGUUGCCUGUGCCCCUGACAGCUACGGUUUGCGGACACUGAAUUAUAUUUUCCAUGAAUAGAUGUCUGUACAUUUUGUAUUAAGCCAGUGAGGGUAGUAACUCUUGAUUGCAUGUUUUUCACUGUAUUGUGUAUGUAUAUGUACUGCAUACUGAAUAUGUAUGUGAACCAGAGCUGCGUAAUUGUGACAGUUUUUGUAGCACGUCUGCUUUUUCUCACCAAUUUUUGUAAUAUUUCUUUUCCUUUUUAAAAAGUGAUUAAAGUAAUGUAAG